UAAGCCGAAAUAUACAAGCAAUUGAACUAGGUCAUUGCGAUUAAAUACUUAAUGUUAUUGUUAAGACAAGAGGACGCUUAAAAACGUGUUUACUGAUUCCUUAUGAUCGUUUCUCUAUAUAAAUUGAAACUAAUAAAAUUUGAUCACAGAGUUCAAUUCGCUAAAAUCGUGAGUUACUAACCGAAUACAAAGUGAUUUAUCCAGGGUUAAUUUUUUCUUACAAUCAUCAUGAGAUUCCUAGCUAUUUCCUUGAUUUUCGCGCUAAGUUGCAGCUUAUGUUUAGCUUUAUCAGUACGACAAAAUCCAGAACAACCUACAGACUCUGAUAACGAUACGAUGAAAAAACAAUGUACCAAAAAUUUCGAAAUUAUAUCACAUGAUAGCGAUUAUCAAAGACUCUACGCAUGUAUAGGAAAUCAAAUAGUACCUUUACGAUGCCGUCACUGCUUAAGGAUGGAGCCAAGCCAAAGUUCAAAUCUGUUUGAUUCGAUUUUUACGUCAUUAAAAGCAAAAGAGCAGGGAUGUUUGGUGGUGUGUGGUGAUAAUACGAAUGGAGAAAACCAAGUUGGGGAGGGAACAGUAGGUGCUGGAAGUCUUUCUGGACUUGGAGGUUUAAGCGGCCAACUUGGAAACGCGGGACAAGCAAUGGGUCUUGAAGGAAAUGGAAGUGUAAAAGACAUGAGCAUUUCACCAGAUAAUAUUCAAGGAAAUGAUAACUAUAUAAGUGAUAACAUGGGUCGUUACCUUUAGGAAAAAUUAAAAGUUAA